UUACGUGAAAUCAAGUGCAACUGUGCCGUGCCCGUUACUCUGUUAAUUUGUUGUUUGUUAAUAAAAAGUGGAUCAAAAGUGUGAGGCAAUGAUGGCGGAUGAAAAUGAAAACUCUUGCGAUAAGUUCGACGACGUUAAACCGGACAAAAUGUUCACGCUGAAAAAGUGGAACGCGGUAGCGAUGUGGAGCUGGGACGUGGAGUGUGACACUUGUGCAAUUUGCCGGGUGCAGGUCAUGGACGCUUGCUUACGGUGCCAGGCAGAAAGUAAAAAGGACACACUUGGUCGACAAGACUGUGUGGUGGUAUGGGGCGAGUGCAAUCAUUCCUUUCACCAUUGCUGCAUGUCUCUAUGGAUCAAGCAGAACAACCGGUGCCCAUUGUGCCAGCAGGAAUGGUCUAUCCAGCGGAUGGGCAAGUGAAAAGGGCCAGACCAUUGCCAGCAUACCGUAACCCUUCCAACGCUUCAGGGAAAACGAAAUUUUCACAAGAAAAAUGAAACA